AUAAAUCGAUAAAGCAACGAAGAAAUAUCAAUAAAAGUAACUUACAAUUGUGUUACAUUGCUCAAUAUACUGUUAUGUUUCUGGUACUGCUAUUGAUUCAAAUGUGUAAUGCACUAUGGCGGAAUGGUAUUAUCCAUUAUAAUAUAAAUAGUAAAGAUUAUGACCUCCACUCGCAAGAUGAAAUUAUGUCGACAUUUUCAAAAUUACAAGAGGAAAUCUGUUUGAAAUUUUUCAUGACACCAUCUAAUAACAUGACAAUUGAGAAGAUAUUGUAUAUAAGUAAUCCAAAUAAGCUUAAAACCUGUUCAUCACCAGAAUAUGACUUUUCUAAAGAUGUUGUGUACCUGCCGAUCGGAUAUAAAUGUAUAAAUCAAAAAGAUAUUUCCAGACUGGUUAUAGAUAUGAUACGGGCAAGUAUUGAGAAUUCUGUAUCUCCUGUAAAUAGCUUCGAUCUUGUCAGACGAACGAACGAAUUUGAGGAAUCAAAUAGACAAUCUCUUAUGUCGACAAUAGAUCGUAAUUAUAUAAACACACAUUACUAUGAAGAAUGUGGUGAAUCAAAAACGCCUAAGAGACGAAGCGGUGUUACAUCUAAAUUGACAGAAGAGAAUCUGAAUUAUUAUAAGGGCAAAGUAUGGCCGCUGGGUAUCAUUAUGUAUGGAAUAGAAGAGGAUUUACGUGGCACAGUUGAUCACAACGUUCUAUCAUUCUCUAUGGCCUCCAUAGAACUGUCAACGUGUGUCGUAUUCCAAGAAAUAAGUCAUAAUGAUGAUCUGUCACCUAAAAAUUGUGUAUGGUUCGGUAAACUUGGGCAAGAUAUUCCAUUGUUAGGAUUUGGAGAAGGAAACCAGACACUAAAAUUAUCUUCUAUUGUGAACGGUGUGCCGGGCCACAAGGGGCAUACUAUUAACAAUUUGAUGAGGAUCCUUGGUGUACAUAUGACCUCCAAUCGUUAUGAUCGUGAUAACUAUGUUACUAUUAAUUGGAAUAAAGUAGAAAUGGGUAAAGAGCAUUAUCUUGAGAAAGCCCCCGAAGUGUCCUGGUUGGCACAGAUACCUUACGACUUUGAUAGUGUUACACACGCACCAGCGAAUUUUUUGUGUAAUGAGUGUGAAUUUGGUGCCACUACCGUGCAGCCGAUACAGGAUUAUCUAUGGCAACGUACAAUGUCUAUGGGCCAUAAAACAGUACUAACAGAUGCAGACAUAGAAACAGUCAAUAUUAUAUAUAGCGAGGAAUGCCGUGGCCGAUUUGGAAAUCAUGAUAUUUCUAUAUAAACAACAAUACGAUUAAUUUCUCUUCUUGGCAUAAGUCAAAAAUUUUUUUGGUAUUAAUAUAAUAUAAUAUUAUUAUAUAUAUUAUUAUAUAUUCAAACAUUUUAAUACCAUGCAUAUAGCAUGGUAUAUCUUUAUGAAAAUGACUUGUAUUUUCGUCUUGUCAGUGAUCUUUUAUUAUACAAAAGAGUAAAGACUAUUAAAUUACUUAAUAAAAAAUA